GUGAAUGAGGAAGGUGUUGUAGCCGCAGCAGUGACAGAAGUGAUAUUAUGUGAAAAUUCAUGUUUCGAACCUUAUGCACCUGUGCCGGAAUUCCGUGUUGAUCAUCCGUUCAUUGUGUCUGUUGUAUGGAAUGAUACUGUACCAAUAUUUCUGGGACACAUUACAUCUCCAACGAAUGAUUGA